UUUCAGCCAAUCAGCUUAUCGAUAUUCGGAUAUGACGUUGACCUCUCAAGUGGGGGAAUUAGCCGAACUAUAAUUAGACUUUAAUUGUAGAUCAGGAUGGACCGCAGCAGUACUGUAUAGGCUCGUGACCAGCCUGGCUUAUAUACGACGGACAAGUCGAGUGGCGAAGCCAGUACGAGUGUAGGCAUUUGGCAAGGUGAAAUAACCGGACUCGAGAACGUAAACUACGACUAGUUGAAGUUCUGUUGAACUUGUAAGAAGGUCACCGGUCAGUGGUCUAUUAUGUUUAGAAGCGCUUCCCCAAGUAGCACAACUCUUCUUGAGCACAAUUCAGUUGUCUUCCCUUACUGUCGCUCUUGCACUAGUUCAUCUUCUACUAUCUACUUUUCAAUAUGGUCGAUACUCCAAAUGUCCGCGUUGUUCCCGAUGCUCUCCCUCCUACGUCACAGACAAAAACUCAAAAGAAAAAACAUCGAUCAAACAAGCCAAAACCUGCAGACUCGCGGCCUGCCGAAGGCUCCAGUCAUUAUUCCAGAUACUACUUCUGCUGCUCUGGUUGACAGAGCACCAGAAGAGGCGGAUGUGAAGGAAGGCGCAGUCACCCCAGAACUUGUUGCACCUUCUGAAUGCUCCGAUCUUUGAUGAUGUCGCCACCAAAUCUAAUCCGGUCGUAGAACUGCUCCAGAAGCGCUUGAAAGCUUUGAACAAGAAGAUA